UCGGCACAACCCAGCGCUAGCUCAAUCAUCCCGACCACGUGGACGAGCGUUGUGUUGAAGUUUGUCGUCUUGCUGAAAUAUUAUACGAGAAAAUUUCGCCGAUAUGACAGCUUGAACAUUCCCGGUGACACGCACGGCUCGUCCUUCAGCGACAUGAAGCGAAAACGAGAACAACAACCCGAGCCGAAGCUCACAGUAGAACGGAUCCUGGCCCAGUUCAAAUCGGAGUCUGGUGAAAAUGCUGGGGCACCGUUCGAUCUCCCUGUCGACGUCACGGUGGAAAAGCUUCAACUACUCUGCAACGCCUUUUUGGAACGUGAGGAGAAGGUGCCAUACCUAUUUUUCGUGGAUGGUGUUGAGAUCCGGGAGUCAUUGGCCAAGACCCUGGUUGCAAAGACCGAGCCGCUGGAACCGGAGAAGAUCGUGGAAAUCGUGUAUGCACCGCAGGCGUUAUUCAAGGUGCAGGCAGUUACCCGCUGCACUGCCUCUAUUCCUGGACAUGAAGAAGCAGUGCUCGUGACAGCGUUCAGUCCCGAUGGAAGACACUUGGCAAGUGGCUCUGGUGACACAACCGUACGAUUCUGGGACCUCAAUACACAGACUCCACAUCAUACCUGCAAAGCACACAAGAACUGGGUUCUCUGUGUCACGUGGGCCCCGGACGGAAAGAAGCUGGCAUCUGGAUGCAAAAAUGGCCAGAUAUUUCUUUGGGAUCCAGAGUCUGGAAAGCAACUGGGACGACCCCUGGCUGGUCACAAAAAGUGGAUAACUUGCCUCUGCUGGGAGCCUUUACACCUGAAUGCAGAAUGCCGUGCCCUGGCCAGCAGUAGCAAAGAUGGCACUGUGCGCAUCUGGGACACAACGCUAGCACAGACGAGAUUAACACUGUCUGGCCAUGUCCAGUCGGUGACCUGCGUUCGCUGGGGCGGCACAGGGCUGAUCUACACUGCUUCCCAGGACUGCACAAUCAAAGUCUGGAGGGCUGACACUGGUAUCCUGUGCAGGACGUUACAUUGCCAUGGACACUGGGUCAAUGUGCUGGCUUUGAACACGGACUACGUAAUGCGCACAGGGGCAUUCGAUCCACGCAAGCAGCAAGGCAUCUCCACCUGUUCAAGAGAGGAGCUUCAGCGCCGUGCUGAGCAGCGCUAUAAGGAGGCUCGAGGCAGUGAGCCAGAGAGGCUGGCCUCAGGCUCAGACGAUUUCACGCUGGCCCUCUGGCUGCCAGAGACAAGCAAGAAGCCUGCAGCACACAUGACAGGCCACCAGAGGGUGGUCAAUGAUGUUCGCUUCUCCCCCGACAUGAGGCUUCUAGCCAGUGCCUCUUUCGACAAGUCCUUAAAACUUUGGGAUGGCCGAACGGGCAAGUUCCUGGCUGCACUACGUGGUCACGUCAGCUGUGUCUACCAGCUUGCCUGGUCAGCCGACAGUCGGCUUUUGGUAAGCGGCAGCUCAGAUUCCACGCUCAAGCUUUGGGACGUGUCAACUGGAAAGCUCACAGGAGACCUCCCAGGACAUGCUGAUGAGGUGUACGCUGUCGACUGGAGCCCAGAUGGAUCGCAGGUUGUUAGUGGAGGCAAGGACAAGGUGCUACGGCUGUGGCGUAAGUAAGACUGCUUGGCGCAAGAUGGCAUCCAGUGAAAAAACUUCCCGGAGGUUCGCACAAUCUAUAAAACGUAAAAAUAUACACAUAUAUAUAUAUAAACGCAAUAAAAAAAUGUGACGUGUGAACAAGA